AUGUCCAAAAGUAAGGAUCCAUCGGCUAGUUCACUUGGUGCACGUGGACCCAGGGCACAUGGUGCCAGAGAGUACAUGUACACUUUGGUUGACACCAAGGAGCGCUUAGAUUCAGCCCUAGAAACCCUGCGAAGCGUGAGUAAAGAAGGCCCGAAUCUUGCUGUCGAUGGUCAUGGCUUUGAAUAUUCCAGAAAAGGAAAGCUGUGUUUAAUUGCCAUCGCGACAAGAGAUCACGUGUUCCUGUUUGAUAUCAUCAAGCUCGGGGAGCUCGUUUUUGAUCGCGGGCUGCGCGAGAUUCUCGAGGAUCCCACUCGCGAAAAGUUGAUGUUCGACUGCCGCGAGGAUUCCGAUAUCCUUUGGCAUAAACACCACGUGAAACUUGACGGUGUCCUAGAUAUACAGCUUUUGCAAGUUAUGCAUAACAGAGGAAAAAACAACCCGAUUUCGUCGCCAGUCAGUCGAAAACGCACUCGAAAACAAACUGUAGAAGAAACCUGCGAAAGGAUGGAAAAGGAAAAAAUUAGGAAAAUUAGGAAGGAAGAAAGGAAAUCACAAGAACGAUGA